AUGACGGAGUCUCUGGAGCGGCUCGUGGCCCAGAAGAAGGAGUCGAUCGAGGCGGUGAUGGACCUGCUGGAGCGCGGCGCGGAGGUCGUGGCGAGCGCAGUGGGCAAGCUCCUCCCCCUCUGCGAAGUCUCCGCCCCCCUUCUGCGCCUCGCUCUGGACAACGUGCACAGCAAGGAGGUGUUUUACGUGAAGGAGCAGUUCCUGACCGUGCGACGCCACCUGGACGCGCUCUCCACGCAGCUGCACGACAUCGACGCCGAGCUGCAGCGGGCGCGGCUCGACUCCCACUACUUUGAGGUGGAGGAGAACAUCCGCUCGCAGUUCCGGAAGUACGUGGAGAUCCUGGAGGCCAAACCGCAGUUCCGAGAGGUGAAGACGCGCCUGUUCCUGGAGCAUUUCUCCAGGAGCGGCGGCGACAAGAACCUGCACACACUCCACGACGCCAUGAUGGGGACCAGCGGCUUCUGCGAGCCGGUGCUGGAGCUGGUGGACAGGUACCUGAGCCACAACCGGCGGCUCCUGGAGGACUUCUGUGUGCGAGUGAAGGAGCUCUUCUGCCUGGGCCUCAUCGCGCUGCUGGGGCACUGCGCUCUGACGCGGGGCCUGGAGGAGGAGGAGGCCCUGGUGCAGGAGUGGAGUGAGCGCAUGGAGCAGCUGGAGGCGCGCAUGAAGGAGACCAUCCAGGAGUGUGUGUCCGCCUUCCCGCAGCAGGCGCAGCACGACGCCGAGCGCUUCCUGCAGCAGAGCGAGGAAGAGGAGCUGCAGCAGGUCCACACUAUCACCAGUGUGAACCCUGAGGCUUGGGUCUGCUGUGAUGUCACACUCAUGGCUUCGCUGCAGAACGAGGAUGCAGGCUGUAGAACAAGGACUAAGGUUGUGGCAGAGCAGCUGCUGCAGACUCUCCAGAAGAAGUUCGACUGGGUGAGCUGGUCGGUGCGCGUGGUCAAAUGCUCCAGCAGCGCGUACCGCAGCUGGAGGGCGGGCGAGCACUUCCACCACCUGCAGGGUCAGGGCUGCUUCCAGGUGGCCCCUGUCCGACAGCUGCUGCUGGUGGUCUCCUACAGCUGCCAUCCCAGACCCCUGCCCAAGGAACGCAUCUGCCAGCUGGCCGAGUCUGUGGGCCGCAGAGGCAAGCCCAGCGCACUGGUGCAGAGGCUCAUGGGAGACCACAGCGAGCUGAGUGACCAGAGCGAGCUGAGUGAGAAUGACAAGAGCGAGCAGAACGACCAGAGCGAGCAAAACGACCAAAGAGACCAGAGUGCCCUGUUUGAGUUGCUCAGGGCCAAUCAGAGCGUGCUGAGCGGGAGUGACCAUAACAACCAGAGUGACCAGAGUGAGCAGAGUGACCAGAGCGAGCAGAGUGACCACAGCUCGCGCCUCGUGGUUCACGCCGUCAGCCGACACAAAGAGUGCGCCGCUGCCUGGAGCUUCAGCGACGACUGCCACUACUGGGAACGACACAAGGCGGGAGCGCUGUGUGUGCACUCUGACUGA